UUGAUAUUCGUUGUUCCCGCGCGAUUUUUCAUUGCAGCAAUGGCCCCGCGACGCAAGCGGCCGCCACGAGCAUCCGCACCAACAGCAACAGCCACUGCGACAGCAGCAGUCGUGUUGCCUGUCGUCGAACUAGAUCAUCCAUCUCACUCAGAGCCACCAAGCGAAGAAGGCCUCCAGGUCGACCCUGCGAAACCAAUCUCAACAGAGCGCGGCAAGCAAGCAGCAAGGCGCCGUCGCCCGUCGUCACCAUUACCAUCAUCAUCAUCAUCAUCAUCAUCAUCCGUCCGAGUCACAGUCACAGCCAAUGAAGACGACGCAUCCGACAGUGCAGCGCCUGCGACAAUAACGACGAUGCAGCAGCAGCAGCAGCAGCAGCAGCACUGCGACACUGAUGGAGGCCCAGCGCGUGCAAGCCCGACCCGCUCCAGACAUCAUCAUCAUCAUCAUCACCACAGAAAGGACGACUCUGCCUCAACCGAGCACUCGGUGAUGACUGCGGAUAUGAGCACAGCGAUGCCAGCGAGUAGCAAUGGUAAUAGUAGUUUGGCGCAGGACGCCGUUGUCAGAGCUCAAGCAAGCCAAGUGGUUGCAAGUGAAACAGCGGCUCCCCAAGCACCGCAGCAGCAGCAGCAGGCAGCCCAAGCAUCGCUGUCCAUCCCAAAGGGGUUUAACGACAUCCAGACAUACAAGGAGUACCUGCUCCGGCGCAACCAGCGCCUCAAGAACAAAAUCAGCGCGUCUGCAGCGGCAGGGAGGCAGUACGAUUUGGCGCCAAAUCCCGCGCUUCCCGCCAACAGCAGCCAACAACCGACAGUCAUGGCCAUGCAAGUGGAACCCGAGACCCAAGAUCGAACCGCAACUCGGCCACCCGCUUCUGGCACUUUGCAUGUGCAAAGCUCGAGCUCUCCGACCUCGCAACACGAGCUCCCAGCCCCGCAACCGCGUCAAGCAUCACUCGCCUCGAAGCGAACCUACUCGCAAUCCAUCGCAACAGACGAAAAUUGCACCGUUUCAGCAAACAACUCUCAUCGCAGCGCUGCCACACUCGCGGCGAGUCAGGUCUGCAUGACCAGCCGAGAACAAACCGCGGCCGAUUUGAAUCCCGCUACACACCGGCAACAACAACAACAACAACAACCCAUCUUUCCACCGUGGUUGGCGCAAUGGGACGCAGCAGUCAAUGACUUUGUCUUGCCCGAUCCCGAAUUCGGAAGAUUCAAACUGGCCAAACUCCGAGAACUCUUUGGAGCACCCAAGCCCGGCGAAUCGAGCAAGGCACUCCCAAGUCAGCCAUUAUUGCUUCGUCCGGCUCCUCCUGUAUCUACAUCUGUGGCGGCUGCGCUGGACACUUCGCUUGCAUCAAUUUACACACAAAGUAACGAAGCUGGUGUUGAUAGUUCUCACCCAAGGGCUUCCCUGCUGCUGUUUGCGCGACAGCCAUCUUCCCCUCCAUCAGCCUGCGGGAUUGUCGCAGUCGAGCAGCCUCAGCCCCUACCCCCACCACCACCACUACCACCACCACCACCACGAGCACCACCACUACUAGCGCCAGCGAACAUGCUCGUGGAUAUGAAUGAUGCUAUUGUGACGCAGUCAAUAGCUCCCUCGCAAGAGCUCACCGCCGCCCCACUGCCACAGCAGGCUGAUGGCGAGGUGCUCGAAUUAGACGCCACUCCUAGUGAGCUCCAAUCACAGCCAUUUCACGACAUGGGCCGCAACAACGGUGCUCACAAACCCCUUUCUCGAUUUGUUUCGGUCUUCCCGUUGUUUUCAGGCCCCGUCACUCAGCCUACUCAAAUGUUGUCUCCCAGUGUAUCGUCCAUGGUAGCAACCGCUGCGGUUGUCGUUUCGCCUGAUGGCACCUCCAACCCCUCUCAGCCGUUUCUCCCACAAGCGAUGCAGUUGGACCAGGUUCCACUGAUGGACCAAGUUUCGACCUCGACUGGUUUGCCCGCCGACACAACACGCCAGUUAAUCCCUCCGCAGAAAGGCAGGCCUCCACGCCUCAACGCGUCUCGAUACCAUGUCCAGCCUCCCGCCAUCUCUCUGAAUGACGACGCAAACAUGGAAACCUCUCACUCUGGACGCGUUGUUCGCUCAACGCCGCCGCUUGCUGUGACCGCGUUGCCGCCAUCAGCAAGACUGUUCCGUCAUCGUCCGCCGCCACCCAUCAUACCAACGCAUCCGCUCCUUUCCAGUUUUGAUGCGCCAGUUGGUGCUGCUCAAGACUCAACGGCCAUUCAACCUGAGCUUUUCCCGAGCUACCACAGCCCUCGCGAGCCAGUGGACCCCGUUCCACUCCAGUCUCCGAUUCUGCUCUCGUCUCCAAUGCUGUUUGAGCCAUCUACGUCCUCGACUUCACCCCUUCCUCAACAGAACAUCGAAGAACAUCGACCAGUCGUCGAGCCCAUGGCUUCACCACCGCUCUUCGCAUCUCCGUUGCAUCGAGCCCCCGAGGAAACUCUUCUCCACGCGGCAGGUACGGCGACGAACGAGUUGCCUUCAAAGCGUCAUGCUCAAGCCGCUGCGGUUGCUUCCCAAACCCGGUCCCGGAGUGACUCGGAUGAGCCUUGUAGUUCUGGUUCUGCAGUCUUGUUCUCGCUCGACAGCGCAUCUGGAAAGGUGCUUCAGCCCAAUCACGACAAGCCUUCCACGCACACGCUCCCUGGCGGGGCAACAGCAGUCGUACCUCAUUCAUCGUCUCAUGGCGUCAAUCCACCAACACAGGACUUGGACGUGACACGCGCAUCGCCAGCAACAGCCACGCAGUUGCCUCGGCGCAGCAGUCAGACGAGCACCGUUCCACACGUGACGGACAUGGCGCAAUCCGCAGUGCCUCUUGCUGUUGACCCGACUCGCGACGACCCAUGCUCCAUGUCCGCCUCACAAUUUGCACCGAUGGAUGCCAUUCUCGCCAUGCAGCAGAUUGACAGCCAAGUGUUGAAGGCCAUGGACGCCCCAAUGACGCAGUCGCAACAUAUGUCUGCACCCACCAUCUCAACUCAGCGGCGCUCGCAGCAUCAGGGCAUGCCGCAAACUUCCGACCAUGUCAGUGGUCACGUCGAGAUCUCAGAGCACGAAGAGGCCGGAGUCGAGUUGCUUGUCUGCAUUCGAGCAGGCGCAGUUGGUUCAUCGCAUGCGAACGAUAAGGAGGAGGAAGGCGACGUGAUUGCUUUCGCCAUGGCCUCAAAGCACGCCGGAGAUGUCACAAACGUCGCGAUUGCUUUGAAGCGCCAUGUUUACAUUGCGGGCGUGGACACUCAGACCGGAAAGCUGGUAGUUGAGCACACGAUCUCGUUCGAUGCAUCACAUAGCGUCGUGGCGUGUGCAUUUGCAGAAAACACUGCUGAUGUGCUUCUCGUUUGUUGCUCGGAUUCGGCCAACUCCCUUGUUGUCAGAACGUUUGAACUCAAGGGGUCGACUGUGCACGAGCACGAAGAGUGGAGCUUGCCUCAGGUUGAUUCCUCAACAGUGGAUCGCGUCCACUGCCCCAGCGCCAAUGUCCUGCUCCUACAAACGAGGUCAUCUCAUGCAGCCGUUGUUCUGCGACGAACUCAGACCGGGUCCAAACUCCAGUCUGUCGAGCAGGCAUUGCACUGGCCUGUCGGAUGUCGCUUGGCGGACAGCACUGCUGACAAGCUGCACUACCAUUGGUGUUCGGCACCUUCAGGCUCCUCUGACACGCUGGCGUCUGUUUUUGCUUUUACACUGGACGGCCGUCUGCUUGAGUGGGUUGUUCCGACUACGGCUCUGUCUUUGGAUGCGAAGAUUAUGCCAAUUGUGCAUGCUCUUCCUACCCCCACUGCUUUGGCGUCUGCUGGGUCGUCUGUUUUCCUCGGCAUUUCCUCCUUGAAUGAACUAGGCCGAGAGGGGGAUCUCGUCGCAGUUUUGGGCCAUGUUCAGGCCGCAAGUGACGUUGGAUUGGAGACCACAACCAAAUCAGCCUUUUCCACUUUUGCUUUUCACCAAAAUGCAGCCAGCACCUCGAGCUGGCACCAUCUAUGGACUACCGAGCCGGUUGUAGAUGGCGAAUUGAGAGCUGCUUCUCUGCAUACAUCUCUGGUUGCGACACAAGCCGCCCUGAACGAGCGGCAAGAAACCCUUAUACUUUCUGAUCUCGAGUCUGGCGACUUCCUUGGCUCGAUAUCUACAAACACCCCUCUCGCUUGCGAAUGCCAGCCAAAGAUUCACCGUGCCGUGCUUCACCCCACAUUGCCGUUUGUCCUCGUGCAUUUCAAGACACCUCGCUCGUGCACGUCACUUGAUCACGUCGACAACCAUUCCUCCUGCGCACACCUGUACAGGCUCUCCGACCAAGCGCAUUGACCGUUAACACUUAUGAUAUUUCACGCUGUAUUUACUUGUAUUUUCUACGCUACAUUGUACUUUCAAAAAGCCAUUAUUCUUUCA